CUUUUGCUUAACUCCAUUGUCUUGUCUUUUUCAUGAGCUACUAACAAACUUAAAUUCUGAUAAUGCGAACCUUUAGCACUCACUAUCCACGCUGACCCUGGGUUCAUCAUAUAUGCAAAGUAACUUUUUUGUUGAUAACAUUUUUCUAUUCCUUUGACUCAUAGAUGAUUCAAUGUUACAAGCUUGUGACGAUGUUGGCUUUGUUCACACAUUUCGUAUGGAAUUACGUUUAGGGAUGCUUAUGACAAAAGUGGGAUUACCAACUUUAUAUUGCAGAAGAUCAGUAAGAGCAUCACAUCAUUUUAUCAUAGUUGUAAAAUUUUAAAGGAUCCUAAAAUCAACAAGUCGUUGUAGUAUAGUGGUGAGUAUUCCCGCCUGUCACGCGGGUGACCCGGGUUUGAUUCCCGGAAACGGCGAAUUGAUAUUCACUUUUUGAUGCUUACCGAUUUGGCUAAUGAAACAAGCUAACAUGGGUUCUAAACUUAAGCUUCCACGCCACCCUCCUUUACAUACACACACAAUGGUUGCUUGCAAGUAACGAAAGAUCCCACAAGCAUUAAUUACAUUACCUAAUAACAUCAUGCAUUUUACAAAAGCUUCAAGCUUAGUAUCAUGCUUUUGGGUUCUUCUCUUUGUUCCUCCAACGCAGCGGCGCAGGAAAUGUCAGCUUCCACGACCAGCAUUCACAUUAUGGCCUUAGAUGGCAUCGUGAACGUGAAUUCCCUCUUCACCUUAGCGCUUUUCGUUGGCCUCACAAUCACCAGCCCUGACACUGCCCUUGUUGGUGGUAGUGGCGGCGUAGACACCGCCUGUGCUGCCGGGCCCUCGGUGGCAGAAGGCCUCAUAUCAAGCCACGUGCACUCCUUCAGCUGCUUCCUCUUCUCCAGCCUCAUAGCGUUGGCCCUCAAAAACAUCAUCAACAUAAGAAAAACCGUUGAAGAUGGGGAUAACAUUGAUGCUCUUGGUGGUGGUAGUAAUGGCAAGGUGGCGCACUUUGCAGCUAGCUUCAUCGGGGAGGUUAACGCGGUGUCAUUGAGGGUGGGGACACUUGUUUCGGCUUUUGGGUCGGUAUUCGGGUGCGGGUUCUUGGUGAUGGCUCUGGUGGAUUUGGUGCAGAUCAAGUUGGGGACUUUUGGUUGUGGAAGUAGCCGUUACAGUAUUGCUGCUGUGGCACCUUUGCUUGUUCUUGUUCCCACUGCGCUUCUCAUCUAUGUUUCUCUCGUGCUCUAUGCCUUCACUCGUUAGUUAAGCUUAUUAUUUAUUGAAGGAACAUUGUUUUGAAUUUUGAAUAAUAUGAGUCAAACAAAGGCUUAAAGAAGAGACCCGGUAAUGGUGUAGCACUCAAAUUUAAUAAACUAUGG